CGUGACAUUUUCAUCGAUCUAUAUCAUGGCAAGGAUGAUUCAGCCUCAACUCAAAAAGAUAAAAAGAUUCAGCCUCUGCUACCCUCGUCCCCACUUGCAGAAACAGGAAUGUGGAGCAUGCGCGACAAUGGCCGUCAGUCAGUUCCACCCAUCAACAGGUUCCACCCAUCCCAUCUCUUUUGCCUCCGACCUCACACAGCACCACCGACGGCUACAAUUAACCAUCCACAGCAUUCAUCAUUUCUCAAGUGUGCAAGCUCUAGAACACAAGCACCCAGCUGGGAUCGAAGAGCAAUGGCGGAAGCAGGGGAAUGGCUGCCAUACGUCUCCACGCUGGCGCCCUGCCUCCUCGGCUUCGCGCUCUACUUCUACGCGCCCUACUGGGGAGUCCGGGGCGUGCCGGGCCCUCCGGCGCUGCCGAUCGUCGGCCACCUGCCGCUGCUCGCCCUCCACGGCCCCGACGUCUUUGGCGCCCUCGCCAAGAAAUACGGCCCCAUCUUCAGGUUCCAUCUCGGGAGGCAGCCUCUGGUGAUCGUGGCUGACCCGGAGCUGUGCAAGGAGGUCGGGGUGCGGCAGUUCAAGAGCGUCCCCAACCGGAGCCUGCCGUCGCCGAUCGCCGGCUCCGACCUCCACCAGAAGGGCCUCUUCUUCACGAGGGACGAGAGGUGGUCGGCCAUGCGGAACACCAUCAUCUCGCUCUACCAGCCGUCGCACCUCGCCGGCCUCAUCCCCACCAUGCAGCGCUGCAUCGAGCGCGCCGCCGACACCAUACAGUUGAACGGCAACGUCGACAUCGACUUCUCCGACCUCGCCCUCAAGCUGGCCACCGACGUCAUCGGGCAGGCGGCGUUCGGCGUCGACUUCGCGCUCUCGGCGCCGCGCGAGCAUGGCGGACGCGAGGCCGAGGAGUUUAUGGCCGAGCACGUCCACUCCACCACCUCGCUCAAGAUGGACCUGUCGGCGUCCCUCUCCAUUGUGCUGGGCCUCGUCGCGCCGGCGCUGCAGGGGCCGGCGCGGGGGCUUCUCCGGCGACUCCCCGGGACGGCGGACCGGAGGAUCGCGCGGACGAACGACCGACUGCGGGCGAGGGUGGAGGAGAUCGUGGCGAGCAGGGAGCGCGACCUGGACAAGAGAAGAGGGCAGAGGGACUUCCUGUCGGCGCUGCUCAACGCCCGGGACAGCGGGGGCGACAAGAUGAGGGAGCUGCUGACGCCGGAGUACGUGGGCGCGCUCACCUACGAGCACCUCCUCGCCGGGUCGGCCACCACGUCCUUCACGCUCUCCUCCGCCGUGUACCUCGUCUCCGGGCACCCGGAGGUCGAGGCCAAGCUGCUCGCCGAGGUCGACCGGUCCGGCGCCGCACCGCCGACGGCCGACGAUCUCCAGCGCAACUUCCCCUACCUCGACCGGGUGAUAAAGGAGGCGACGCGGUUCUACACGGUGUCGCCGCUGAUCGCGAGGGAGACGUCGCGGCGGGUGGAGGUCGGGGGCCACGCGCUCCCGAAGGGCACGUGGCUGUGGCUGGCGCCGGGGGUGCUGGCGAGGGACGCGGCGCAGUUCCCGGAGCCCGGCGAGUUCCGGCCGGAGCGGUUCGAGGCCGGGUGCGAGGAGGAGCGGCGGCGGCACCCGUACGCGCACGUGCCAUUCGGGCUGGGCCCGCGGGCGUGCGUCGGGCAGCGGUUCGCGCUGCAGGAGGUGAAGCUGGCCAUGUUCCACCUCUACCGCCGCUACGUGUUCCGCCGGUCGCCGCGGAUGGAGUCGCCGCCGGAGUUCCAGUUCGGGAUCGUGCUCGGCUUCAAGCACGGCGUCAAGCUCAGGGCCAUCGAGCGGCGCAGCCCCGCCUAGGCCUCGACAUGAAAGAUGAUCUUCACAGCAACUUCUGCGAGUUUUGCUCCUCGGAAGUAGUCACCGUAUACCAGGGGGCAACAUUGCCCCAGCUUUGUUCUACCGAGCAGUGAGCACCAGCUUGCUGCUCGAAUAUGCACCAAGAAAAGCGCUGCUGGUCCUGGAACCACUGAGGACGGUGUGGCGGCAGUUGGAAAUUCGAUCACCCUGCAACUUGACUAUAGUACUGUACUUGAGAAAUUAUAACAGGUCGAGCAUUAAAGAUAACACACUUGAAAAUAGCAUCAGUGCUUCAAUAUUUAUGUUAUCCGACGCAAAGAAUCCCUUGAGGCAAAACAUGUCAGCAUGGCGACAACAUGCAUCGUGUAUAUCAAAUCCUUCUA